GUGGUCAUAAAUUCAGAUAAUGAAAUUGUCGGCUAUGGAUCAGCGCACUUGUUUUCAAUAUGGGAUAGUCCAGGGUUUUCUCCAAUAUACGGCGACAGCGAGCUCGUUUUCCUGGCUCUAUUUGGUGCCUUAGUCGAGCAUUUCAAAGAACAAAUCCAACGGAAAAAUGUGGUCGAUUUACGCAUACCGAGUGUUCAGUUAAAAGCACUUCGAGCGGCUUUGCAGGGAUUAGCCGAUAUCAAAGAAGUUAGUUCAGCUUGCAAUUUGUCGAAUGCACUGGACCAGCAUAAUCCUAUCUGGAUACGUUACUACCGUCGGAAUUGGUGA